AUGGAAGAAUCUUCAGAAUCGGUCGUAACUACUACAUCUACAGAAGAGGAAAGUGCACAUCAACAUCGCAAAUCAACGGAAGUGAAAUUGAAUCCAACUGGGGGGUUCCUUCCUGUGAAUUACAAUGUCGAAGUCAUCCCACCCAUUGUAGUUUCUGUUGUGAAUUGCGCAAAUGAAGAGAAUGAAGUAAAGCCAGUCACAGUCGAUCCCAUGCAGCUUGCUGUCUCUGACGAUGAGUCAUCCUACACCAGUGACGUCGACAGGCCACAGAGACGGAAACAGGAAAAGUGCAAAACACCCACUUCUGUAAAUACACAAUAUAAUGGAUGUCUGCAGCCUACCCUGGACGGAAGGACCGCUCCAAAUUCAUCUAUAAGGCCUGUAAAAUCCUCUGAUGACAUGACUGACGGCGGAGGCUCAUCAGUUUUCUGUGAUGACGCCACACGGACAUCCGAAGAACUGAGUCAAUCAACUAGCUCGAUACUUAGUCAAACGAAAUCAGACCAGCCACCCAAAAGACUCCCCCCGACAGAUCUUCCUGACAGAGCGCACUCUUACAAUGCGAUCCAGUCCUGCGAUAAUGCAGAUGACAGGGAUGAGUUGGGUGGUUUAAACUUCUCAUCACCCAAAGUUAGCAUAAAGCGAAAACGAGAUCUUGUCUUACUGGAUGGAGAGCCUCAGCGACGGCUGUCCUCGCAAUCUACAGGCAGCGUGAUCACAUCCGACUUCAGU